AUGCCAACCAAAGAGGGAGAAACGCCUCCACCAACUCCCAACCCACAAAAACUAGAACAAUCACCGACACCACCAGCCAUCCAGCGAACAGCACCAUUCAUCCAACCGGCACCACCACCAAUCCGCCCAACAUCAACAGAGCAACCCACCUGGGCCGGAUCCUGCACCCUCCGCCUCGAAAACCUCGAAGCCCAAACCUCUAAAACAAAAAAAGAGCUAAUGCGCUCAAUCGCCCAAGACAUCUGCGCAACAUUCACGUGCAUAGCCAAGCACGCGGAAGCAGGUAACCUAGAAGACAAACACACAGAUGUAAUCGAUAACGUGAUCAAGAUGAUCCGCGAUACAGACGUGAAAUCACGACACCGGCUGGAGAAACGGGGCCGUCGCUUGCGGAAGGAGCGAGAUUGGCUACGGAUGAAACAUCGCAAGAUGGGUCGGGAGAUUGAUGAGUUCUCGUUGUUGUAUCGCAAGAAAGUGCGGGAUUUGAUAGUUGCGUUGCGGGAGCAAAAUCACGAGGUGGAGCAGUUACGGGCGGAGAGGGAGUUGUUGCUGACGAAGAUACAUGAGGAUAGUGCUCUCGCUAGUGAUGCUGUUGAUAAGGAGACUGAUGUUGAUGGGGAGUUUGAGAUUGAUACGGAGAAGGUGUGA